AUGCACCCAUCUCCAAAGGGGCCGAGGGGCAGGGCCGCCUCCAGCCCUUGGCAGCGGACUCCAAGCAAAGGUCAUUCGGUGCCUCGCCGGCCUUCGUACACCUGGAACCGAGGGGGCCGGCUAAGAGAAUUGCGUGUCAGGUGUCUGGCUAGAAAGUUCUUCUACUUGUGGGUGCAGCAGACCUUUGGAAGAGUCUGUCCUUCGAGAGCCAGACUCCACUAUGAGAGGAGACUCCUGCAGAGGACCUUCGAGGACUGGAAAGAAGAGUGGUGGGUUUUCCAGCGAGAGUGGAAACUGAGGGUGCGAGCUGACUGCCACUACAGAUAUUUCUUGUACAACCUGAUGUUCCAAACCUGGCAGGCCUACGUUCAUCAGCGACGGGCCAAGAAGAACAAGUACCGCAGAGCCGAGGACCAUGCGGCCAAGCAGAAGCUGCAGCUGGCCUGGAAACACUGGCUCAUCUACGUGGACGUUCGUCGGACCAAACAGGGGAUGCGGGCCUUGGCGCUGGAGUUCCAGGAGCAGAGCCUGCUGCGAGUGCCUUGGAGAGUGUGGAGGCGGCAGGUGCAGAAGGUCCGUGUUGGCCAUGUGAUGGACAGCUUGGCCUUGCAGCACUGGGCCAUCAGCCUGAAGUUCUGGGCCUGGUCUCGGUGGCAGGAGCAGUUCCUGUGCGUCCAGAUCACGCGAAAGAAGGAAACCAAGGCAGUGAGGCACUGCGAAGGCCGGGAGCGCCGGAGGGCCCUGAGGGCCUGGAGGGGCUACCUGCAGGGCCGCCGAGAGAAGCGCCGCCAGGACCAACUGGCCACACAAUUCCACGGCACCUCUGUGACCCGGACCUGCUUCUCGCUGUGGCGGGCGGCCUGGGAGCAGAGGCAGCGCCUUCACGCACACCAGGCGCGCAUCGAGGCGCUCGCGGCCCGGAUCACCCUGCGGCGGGCCUUGGGGCGCUGGAAACGCUACAUGCUGAUUUCUGCUGAGGAUGCUGCUUUACGGGACAUGGCCGAGAAGCACCACAGGCACCGGCUUGUGCUCCGCUGCUUUGGGGCUCUGAGGCAGAAUGUGAAGAAUUCCCGUCUCCAGCGGUUAAGGAAGAAUCUGGCUCACAGACAGCAUCAAGCCAUGCUUUUGCAGAGGUUCUGGCACCGUUGGUGUGCUCGGGCUGACCAGAGAGAAGAAGAGAAGCAGCUGCCGCAGCUCCUCCAAGCUCACAGCCACUACAGGCAAACCUUGUUGCACAAAUGCCUCCAGCAGUGGGCGCAGAAUGCCCGGGGCAGCAGGCACGAACAGAUGCAGUACGCCAAAGCCGAAGGCCACUAUCGGGGCAGGAGCCUGUCCGUCCUCUUUGAGGCCUGGAGGAGCUUCAGCUGCCAGCGGCGAGAGCGGAAGGCAUGGCAGGAGGAGGCGGUGAACUUCCACAGGGAUCUGGUGAAGAGGCGGGUGUUUGACACGUGGUGGCAGAAGGUGUAUCGGCAGCGAGAAGCGCGGUUGUCUGAGAGGAUGGCCGUCCUCCACGCUGAGCGGCAGGUGCUCCGGCAGUGCUGGUCCAAGUGGCGCCGGCGGGCAGCCGAGCAUUCCAUGGAAAGAGGGAACCAGGCCACGGCGUGCGCCCAUCGCCGCCACAGGCAGCUGCAGAGGGCCUUCCGGGUGUGGAAGGAGAACCUCGAGGCCGUCCGAGCUCAGCAAGUACCUCUGACGUUCCCUGACGGUGCCAAGCCUCCCAUGUUUGACCCGCACCGCGAGGGGUGCAGCCGAGGCGGGAGAGCGAGGGCAGGAGGUCUGGGAAGAGGCCGGCACAUGAAAACAGCCUCUGGCCCAUUUCCCUCUUCCAGGCGGGCCGGGGAGGCCAGGGCUGCGGCCUUCAACUCGCAUCUGCUCGUGCGUUUGGCCUGGAGCAAGUGGCGACAGUACGUGGCCCUGCAGAACGUGAAGUGGGAGAAGGUGAUCCGCGCCGACUGCCAUUACCACGAGGCGCUGCUGCGGAGGACCCUGACCGGCUGGAUGACGUAUCAGGGCCGAGUCCAAGCUGUGCUGCGCCACGUGGCAGAGAGAGAAGAGUGGCAUCGCCGGGAGCUCUUGCGGUGGGCGUUUCGGCUCUGGCGGGAGAACAGCGCGGCCCAGGUGGAGGAGGCCAGGAAAGCUCUGCAGGCCGAGGGGCACUACAGAAGAACCGUCCUCUGGAAGGUGGCGGUGCAUUGGCGGGAUGCGGCGUCCCUGAGGAGGUCCUCGAGGCAGCGCGACGACGUGGCCCUGAUGGAGGCCAGGAAGCGGCUGGCACGAGGCCGCCUGCGAGCCCUGUUCCGGCGCUGGCGGGAGCGAGGCCGGCGCUCUUCGCAGCAGAGAGCCCAGGAGCUGCGGGCCGCGCGGCACCACCGGAGGAGGCUGCUCGGGGCCUGCAUGGCGCGCUGGAAGCAGCACCACUCGGAGCACGUCCAGAAGAUGCUCCUGCAGCGGCGCGGCGCCCAGCUGAUGGCUCAGAGACUCAGCCGCUCCUGCUUCUCCGUAUGGAAGUGCCAGCUGGGGGAGAGGCAGCGGGAGCGGCAGGCCACCGUCCGCGCGCUCUGGUUUUGGUCCUUCACGCUGCAGGGAAAGGUCUGGGACGCGUGGCUGGGCUUCGUGCUGGAGCGGAGGAGGAAGAGAGGCCGGCUGGAGCGGGCCGCGCUGGCCUACCACGACGGCCUGGUGCAUGAGGGCGUCACCCGCCUCCUGAGGUUCACGACGGGCAUGAAGAGCUUCCGUGGGCAGCUGCAGGCCCAGCGGCAGGCCCAGGUGGCCCACAGUGUGCACCGGGUCGUACGGCGCUGCGCCGCCCUCUGGAAGCACAAGGCCCUGGCCAGGGCCGCCCGCGCCCGCAGGAGGGUGACGUUUGAGGUGCCCAGCGCUGGCAUGCCUCCCCCUGCUGGCAGCGCCGCCUCCGGGGAGGCCUCCGGGGAGGCCGCCGUGGGCACGGAGCCGUCCAGAGCGCCUCGGAGGCCCCAGAAGUCCUGGGGGUGGGCCCUUCAGCUGGCUUCGGGGGACCCCUACCUCCCCGACCCUGGCAUCGUGCGGCCUGUGAGGAAGCAGCCUCGCCGACCGGACUUCCUGCUGGACCCCGUGGAGAGGGCCGGCCCCGCCGAGCCUCCGCGCCCCAGGCUCUUCUCAGCGGUCUCCGGGGCCCUCGGCUCUGCCCGGCCCGGCCCUGCCGCUUCUCCGGGGGACCCAGAACCCACCGCCAGGACCCGCCCCCCAGAGGCCCCCGGCCACCUCCAUGCCGAGUCAUCCCCCUCCUCCACCCCUAGUGAGCGACGUCCACUGGAUGGUAGCCGGGUCCGUCUGAAAGGACGCAGCAGCCUUGGUCAGCCUGUGGAGGGAGGCCCGGCUCUGCCAGUGACCUCCUGGGUGAGCCUGGAUGAGCCUUUGGCCCUCGAGACACGACUUUCCUUGAGGCUUCCCGAGAGGCCUCCCCUGCCGGCCGAAGUCCAGAAGCCCCAAAGGGCAGCCCGGUGGUGCUCGAGGGGGGCCCGUAGCCAGCCUCCUGGGUCAGCGCCAGGCUGCCGUUGGCGGCUUCUUCCCUUCCCACGUGCCCCUGGGAGAAGGCCGCAGCCUCCCGCCUGCCCCGGCCACCCAUGGGGCCUCUCGUGUCCUUCCUUCCAGCUGGCAGCCGGGGUGGCUCCCCCUGAGCCGGAGCCCCAAGAGCCCGUGGAGGUUGUGGCCAGAAUGGAGUGCGCCCAGCCUGGCGGCCGUCUGCCUCCUCCUGAGAGCUUCCCAAGGACUGAGGGGAGGCCCUCGCAGCACCUGGAGGCUGCGGGGGGCUCCCAGGCCGAGGCGGGGAGAAGGGCUUCGGGCCUUGUGGGGGACGGCCAGCUGGAGGCCGAGCUGGAGGAGAUUCGAGAGAGGCUGUGCAGUUACCAGGCCAACAAGCAGACCCUCAAGUCCUGGCAGAGACAGGCCGACAGCCUGAGGAAGUGGUUAGAGCUGAGCACAGAGGACCCCAGGCCAGAGGAGGAGGAAGCAGGCCUGCAGGUUCAGCAGAAACUUCACCAGGUGGAGAAGCAGAUCACACACCUGGCGGAGGAGCUGCGGACGGAGAGGCAGCAGGUGCAGCGGGACAUGGCUCGCAUCCAAGCCCUGCGGGCCGCCUUCUGUUAGGCCAGGUGCUCGCGGCGCCCCCCAGGACGUCCAGUGAAGGCGGAAGACAUGAGGCACACAACAGGCAGCUGCCGUGUAUUUUUUUAUUGGAAAAUGUUUGUUUGCAAUUAAAUGAAUUUGUCCCCACAUCUUCCGCUGACAUACAAAAAUACUGGGCUACUGAUACAGUUGAAUCAAUGGCUUCUCCGGCAGGAGAAAUUCACGGCCUCCCCAGGACGCCCGGCACCGUCCCCGUCUCCCCAGAGCUGGCCCGGCCAGGCCCCCCCACCCCCACCCCCCCGCCUGCCUCUUUCAGCACCAGGGGCUGAAAUCACCGGCGGGCUCCCGCCGUGCUGGCUCGCCAUUGGGAAGGCAGGUGGCCCCUCGGGCACGGCGCGCAUGCUCGGUUCAAGGAGGCCCGAGGACCAGAGGUGGUUAAAGAUGGGAACAGGCAGGUGGGAUGGAGGGAGGGGAUGCUCCCGCCCGGGGAGCCGGCCCCCUCUUCGGCCUUCCCAGCUCGGGGCUCUUGCCUGCAUGCAAAGGAAUGCUUGGCUUCCCCCCGCCACUGCCCUUCUGCCAGGAGAGUGGCCUGGAGGAGCCGAGCUCUGGUCCAGGCAGUGCCGGGUGUUUCCCCCAUGCGCAAAGGCCGAGCUGAGGGCCCGGAACAAGACAGGCCGGGAUUAGCCACUGAGGGGGAUUAAGGCCUGAAGAGAUCCAGGAAAUCAGGGGAGUCUUUAUUGGGAGGAGAAGACACGGGGCAGAGCCCACGAUGGCCACUAAUGGGAAUGAACCGUUUACCAAGCAGACCCGGCGCCCUGGCAGCUCGGGCUCAGGCCUGCGGGAGCUGCCUCAGGGCAGGGGAUAAGGCAUGACUUCCUCCCU